AUGUCAAAGGACAAUGGGGUCGAGGCAUUGGUGGAGUUUGGCAGGAGUAGCAGGCUGUUUGACGAGUCGGCGGACGAGCUCAACGACGCCGAGAUCUUCCGGGCGGUUGUCAACUCGAUCCACGAGUGGGAGCUGAAGAGACAGCAGCAGCAGCACCGGAUCAGCCUACACCAGCGGCACAAGCGCGAAGUCUCGCGCGUCUGUUACGAGGAUGUCGGCUGUUUCGAGGACACGGGGCCCUUCUCCUAUCUCGAGAUGCUGCCCUCCCCGCCUAAGGAGGUCGGCACGAGGUUUUUCGUGUACGGCAGUAGGAAGGCGCGAUCGGUGUCGAUGACCGUGCCGGCCGAGAGCAUCAGCGACAAGGCAAGCAGUGCCAUAGACCCCGAGCUGCCCACCAAAGUCAUUGUGCACGGCUUCGGCUCGAGUUGCGAUCACGUCUGGGUCUACGAGAUGCGCUCCGUUCUCGCGGCCGUCAUCGACUGCAACAUUGGCAAGUUCAUUACCUUAUUGCUUCUCUACGCAAUCAUACCUAUAUAUAUUUUUACCUAA